AUGCUACUUAUCAAGACAACAUUAAAUUCGGCUCCGUUGACAUUUCUAGAAAAUGAAUCGGAAUCUGUUUGGUCUAAAGUAUCUCUAAAUGGGAAAGAUCACUACUUCGGAAGCUGGUACAGAGAACCAAGCUCACCAGUGGAACAUAUGAACUUGUUAAGAGAACAAUUUCUUAAAAUUAAGGAGAAAGUUAAAUCUUAUAUAAUACCAAACAUACAUAUACUCGGGGAUCUGAACUUUAGGAAGAUUGAUUGGGAAAAGAAAAUUAAUAAAGAAACGGGGUCAAGCCUAAGUGAUUGUGACGGCCAAAUACUUAUAGACAUUUUAAAUGAGAAUAGUGCGGAGCAAGUUAUUAUGUUUCCAACCAGGGAAAAUAAUACUUUAGAUUUGUUUAUUACAACAACCCCUGACCAGAUAAAGAACAUUGAUUCACCUGAUAAAUUUAGUGAUCAUGAUGUUAUUAUGGGCACAUUUACAAAUUUUAAACCCUAUAAAAAACAGCAAAAGAGAACAUUUUUAGUUUACUCCAAAGGGGAUUACAUUACAAUGAGAGAUGAAAUGUCGAAUUUUAGUAAUGAUAAAUACUUUAAUGGAUAUCAGAAUGAUCGUUGUGUAGAAAAGAAUUGGAACCUAUUCAAAACUGCAGUAUUAGAAUCUAUAAAGAAAAGCAUUCCUAGCAAAAGAAGUAAGGGAGUGAAGUCAGUACCAUGGAUAUCUAACAAGAUUAAAUCACUUAUUAAAAAACGUAAUCGUGUUCAUUCAAGUUUUAAAAAAACAGGCAACACCAGACUGAAAAAUAAAUGGCAAAAAAUUAGACUAUCAGUACAAAAAGAAGUAAAAAUCGCGCAUGAUUCAUACGUAAAUAAUCUUAUUGGGGACAUCAAGAGUGACUCGAAACCUUUUUGGAAGUAUAUUAAUAGUAAAAAAUCAGAAAAAUCUGGAAUUCCUCCCUUAAAAACAGAAGAUGGCAGGACAGUUGAAUCUGAUAUCGAUAAAGCAAAUGCAUUGAAUAAACAAUUCACAAGUGUUUAUACAAUAACUGAAUAUUCAUCAGUACCGGUAUCUUUUAAGGAUGGUAAUGUUAAAAUGGAAAACAUAAUAAUGACAUCGAAAGGGGUAGAAAAACUUUUAAUAGGACUAAAUGUAAAUAAAGCGAUGGGACCUGAUUCGUUACAUCCAAGAGUGUUAAAAGAGCUCGGCCCAAGCAUUGCAGACAUUCUGGCACAUCUAUUUCAACAAUCAAUUAAUGUAGGUGAUACCUGA